AUGUCGUCAUUCAAAAAAUGGCUCUCGAGGAAUGACAAGUCCGGAAAAACGAAGGCAGAGAGAGCCGAGAAGAGCCAGGUCAAUGCUCAAACCGACUCCGACAAAGAUGUUGGAAAUAAAAACAUAAUUGAGAAACCGAUUUUAGUUGUGGAGAAGAUCCUGCCGGCAAUUGCCCACAGCGAGGGUUCGAAAACGGCAGGUUCCUCAGAUGGCAAAUUGGCACUUUUUUCAGCAGACAAGCACUUAGAACUCGACAAGAGCGCCAAUGGGACCUCAUUCGAAGGUGCAGAGGGCUCCCAAUACGCUGUGAGCGACUCAGAUAGUCUGCUAUCAGAAUACGAGCGUUUCCCUUUGGUACGCCCUCAAAUCACGUCUCUUUUGCCUUUUGGAGAUGGCUCCAACAAAGUAUUUGGGUACGAGAAUUUCGGCAACACCUGCUACUGCAAUUCGGUUCUACAAGUGAUUUACAAUUUGCCAGAAUUGCGCGACCACAUAUUGGAAUUCCCAGCUCGCGAUUCAGGCGUUCCCAGGAGACGAAAAUUUCAGAUGCCGGGCGUGAAACCUCGAAUCUUUGAUGAGACGAGUUUCUUUUCACAAUGUAACGGUAAUGAUUCCUCGAAAAAAGCCAAUGGUGGCAGUGGUUGCAAUCAGAGCUCAGGAAAAGACACUGGAGGGCGCAAAAACUCAGCUCCCCAUUCUAGGGACAGAGAGAGCUUUAGGUCUACAACGAGUGCCAGAAGUCUCAGAUCUCACAGUUCCGCCACUGUUCAUGGUACCGUGAUGGCCUCGGAUGCCAUCACAGAAAAGCUGCAUGAGGGCUACACUCGAAUCGUGGUGGGACGCGUAGCGGGAAAAAACGGAAAGACGAGACAUACACAGGUUGCCGGCUCUGUCUUAAAUUCAGCACCACAAUCUGGGUCGUCAGUACCGUCUUCGUCAUCUAAUUCGUCGUCUGGUUCAUCUGCGAAACCACUUGAAACCUCGAGCGAAGAACGCAAGAAAGCAGCCCUCAUAAGAGGGCCAGUACUGAAUGUAGAUCACAAUUCGAAGGACUAUCUACAACCCAACGAAAAGCCUGGUCUAUACACCGCAUUAAAAGAUGUUUACGAAAGCAUAACUGAGAAUCGCUGUUUUACUGGAGUUGUGUCACCUAUUCAAUUUGUCGAGACCCUAAAACGCGAGAAUGUAUUGUUCAGCACCAUGAUGCAUCAGGAUGCUCACGAAUUUUUGAAUUACUUACUCAACGAAAUUAGCGAUUACGUCGACGCUCGUAACAAAAAGGGAAACGAAGACGAGUCCGAACCCCAGACUGGUAACUUCGUGGAUCAGCUGUUCAAGGGAACACUGACGAACAGGACGAAAUGCCUUACAUGCGAUAACGAAACUUUUCGCAACGAACCAUUUUUGGACUUUGCCAUUGAGGUGAAGGAUGAUGAAGAGACAGAUAUUAAGACUACCUUGUCUGACUAUCACCAACGAGAAAUGCUAAAUGGUGCAAACAAGUUUUACUGCGAUGAAUGCUGUGGAUUGCAAGAGGCUGAAAGAGUUGUCGGCCUCAAACAACUGCCGUUCUAUCUGGCUUUGCAUAUGAAGCGGUUCAAGUAUUCAGAGAAGCAAAAUUGCAACACCAAGCUUUUCAACAAAAUACACUAUCCAUUAAACUUAAAAGUUUGCUCCACCUUUGACUCUUCUGUUUGCAAACAAUACGAGCUGAUAGGUUUGGUAGUGCACAUGGGUGGAGGGCCUCAUCACGGCCACUAUGUGUCGUUGUGCAGGACUGAUAAAUUUGGAUGGUUGUUGUUCGACGACGAGACGGUUGAAACCGUCGAAGAAUCAACGGUCUUGAAAUUCAUUGGAAAUUCAGAUGACCUAACCACUGCGUAUCUUUUAUUUUAUAGAGAGGUUUCGGACUUCGGAAAAGAUUCGAGAGGUUCAGACAAGCGGCAGGAGUACGCAGAAGGUGUUGACCAACUGAUAAAACUGGAUGAAUUCACCAGAUCACACUUGGAUAACAGAUGCGACCAUGUGGGUGAUUUAGAGGGAGUUCCGGAAGAGCGCACGUCGAGCAAAUCAAAGGGUUCGAGAAGACGAUCCAGGCUGUUCAGCUUCCGGCGAUCAUCGAAAGAUUAG